UACUGAAAAUAUUUCAGAGCAAUGUUUUCUUUAUUUUCUUAAUAUUAUUUAUAAAUUAUUAAAAAUUAUUUAAGGGAAGGUGGCAGAGCAGCUAUUUGGGAAAUUCAGUAGCCAGAAGACCUCCAUUCAGUGCUGAUUGUCUGAAUUCAGUAAAUCUUGAUGUAAAAACAUUUGAAAUUGGAGUCAGAUUAAACGAGCAGCUAAAGUAAAAUUGAGACCAAAUUCUAAAAUUAAGUGAACUUCACAGGAGCGCUGAAAAGACGUACACACAUUAUACCUUCACCAGACCACUGGAUUCUGUCGCUGGAACGACAGCUGGUCCUUUACGAUUGGAAGAUUAAUGUUAAAGUUUCAGGGACAUAUGCAACUAAUUUAUGCAAAUGCUUCAAAAUGAUCGUAAUGUUUUGUAGCAGUUGUCUAUCACAACAAGUCUCAAUUUUAUCACCUUUAACUUCAUAUUUCUCUCUUUAUUUUGAUUUAUUGAAAAUGAAAUGACUUUUUUUCUUUAAUUUCAGAGCUGAUGGAAGUGAAGGAGGAGCGUGAAGAACUGAGUGAAGUGGAGGAGGAACAUCAUGACAAACCUGGAGAAAAACCUUUGAGUCGCUCAAAGACUAAAAAGACAUUUUUAAAGAAAACAAGAGCCAAGAAAUCUACAACCUGCACUCAGUGUGGAAAGAGUUUCACUACCAAACAUAGUCAUGAGAUUCACAUGAGAAUUCAUACAGGAGAGAAGCCAUUCACAUGUGAUCAGUGUGGGAGGAGAUUCACAGAAAGAGGAAAUCUUAAGAGGCAUAUGAAAGUUCACACUGGAGAGAAGCCACACACAUGUGAUCAGUGUGACAAAACAUUUCUAGGGUCAUCAGACCUGAAGAGACACCUGAGAGUUCAUACAAAGGAGAAGCCACAUUCAUGUUCUGUAUGUGGAAAGAGUUUUUCACUGCUGUGUAGUUUACAAAAACAUGAGAAAAUACACACUGGUGUGAGAGAGUACAUGUGCUUUGAGUGUGAGAAGACUUUUAUUACAGCAAACCAAUUAAAAGUACACCAGAGGAUUCACACUGGAGAAAAACCUCACAAGUGUUCACACUGUGACAAGAGAUUCAGUGAUUCAUCAACUCUGAAAACACACAAGAAGAUCCACACUGGAGAUAAACCUUACAAGUGUUCACAGUGUGAAAAGAGAUUCAGUGAUUUAUCAACUCUGAAAAGACAUGAGAGGAUCCACACGGGAGAAAAACCUUACAAGUGUUCACAGUGUGACAAGAGAUUCAGUCGGUCAGAACAUCUGAAAACACAUGAGAGGAUCCACAUCAGAGAGAAGCUGCACACGUGUGAUCAGUGUGGA